GUGUUCGGACGUAUGUCAUUACAUUAUAAUGUUGCGACUACGAUCAAAUCAUUUUACGUUAAUAUCUGAAUAAUACAUUUUACAUACAACAAUAUUUUUUUUGUGCUUUCAUUCAAUAAUUUAAGCACCUAAUAUUUGAAACAGAAAUAGUGCAUAAACCCGGACAAAAUCGAAGAUUCGAAGAAGGAAAAAGAAACCAUUUCCGCUGUAAAUGGUUUUGAAAACGAAAUUAUUUAUAAAUUGAUGUGUAAAUACAGUUGAUCUGUUAGUGUGAAUCAUUGUUGUCACUCAAGUGUGAAUUCAAGUUUUUGUGGAUUUUUUCAACAAAAGCGAUUAAUCCAAUUUUCAAUGAUAAGUUCGAUCGAAACUUUAGUUUAUCUCUAAUUCAUAUGAUGGUCUACAAUGAAUAACGACAACGCUUGAAUUGAGCAAAUUGUAAGCAGAUUGAGUUUAUCGAAAGUUUCAAACAAAAACCAUUUCAAAUUAGCUAUUAGCUAGAGAGAGAGAGAGAAAAAGAAAGAGUGAUUCAAAUUGGUUGCAUUGACAGAGUGAAUAAUAAUCAUUUCGUCGCUCUUCCAUUUGCAAAGUGAUUUCAAGUAGUCAAACAAAUGUCACCCGGUUCAAAUACGCCACGAUCAAGUGAAAUGCAUUCACCAAAAUCCACUGGAAAUAAUUUAGAAACAAAUACAGUCAUUGCACAAAAUACAAAUUCAAUGUCACCAUCAUCGGUGUCGCCGCGUACCAUGUCACCAUCAAGCGAUCGAAAUGGUUUUGUCAGCGACAGUAUUGGCGGAUAUCAACAAAAUUUUGUGAACACGGUUGGACCGUAUCAAACAAAUAUACCGCCAAAAAAAUCAUUUUGCAUUGAUGCAUUGCUCUCAAAGAACCAUCAAAGCAAUGGCGAUCAUUCACCCGAUGCGAAUCGUUUUCUUAGCGACGAUGACACUGGCAAUAAAUACAGUGAUGAUCAACGUGACUACAUGUCUAGUCCAGAAGAUGGAAUCUCAAGGUCUGAAUCACCAUCAUCACAACGAUCCAGUCCACCAAUUAGUCCGGGUUGCGAAGAUCAAAUGCUCGAUUCACAUGAACCAUUUAAAAAACCAUUACCUCCAAUGCGACCACAGGAAUUCCCACCAUUUUACGGUGGAUACCCAUACCACUUAAUUCAACACGGCAGCUCCGCAUUUCAUCGACCAAUCGAUGCAUCGGGAAAACCUUUACCGUUGCAUAUGAAUCCAGGAUUUGUGCCACCACAUUUGUCAUUAGAGUUUCUAGCCAAGGCUGGUAUGUUUCAUCCUCACUUGCCGAAUUUAGCUGGUGGUCUUCAUAUGCCGCAUGCAAUGUUGGGAAAAACAAGACGACCCCGAACCGCAUUCACAUCACAACAAUUACUCGAAUUAGAAAAGCAAUUCAAACAAAGUAAAUACUUAUCGCGACCAAAACGAUUUGAAGUGGCCAGCUGCUUACAUCUAUCCGAGACACAGGUUAAAAUAUGGUUUCAAAAUCGUCGAAUGAAAUGGAAACGGUCAAAGAAAGCACAACAAGAAGCCAAAGAGAAGAAAUCAUCAUCGUCAUCAUCGGGAUCAUCGUCAUCUGUGUCGACAUCAUCGUCAUCGUCAACUUCAACUCAGGCAGCGAUCUCAGUAACACCAACAACCACCAACACGGCAAAUCUCGUCCCAAUUCAAUCGAUAAACGGUGGACCAAUUACCGACCACAUGGUCUCGAAUAAAUCAACAGCCGAUAAAAUGCUUGACGCCAAUCUAUUGUUAAGCAAUGCAAAUGGUUUUCAUCCAAAAACCAUGACCAAUUUGGAGCAACAUCAUCGACACAUCGUCAAUUUGAGCUCGAACUUAUCCGAAUACAAUAGCAAUAUAUCGAUCGAAGAAAGUAUGCAAGCGGCGGCCAAACUAAAUCGCCGACCCAUGAUCUUUGCCGAUGGAAAUCAAGACAUUCAUUUUAGACCGUAUGUCGUGUAAUAAACGCUCGAAUAUAUUCUAAUGAGUUACAUAUAUUUACGAUUUUUUUCAUACAAUUUUCGUUCUUUUUCGUUUUCAUAUUAUAAUUUUCUGAAUGUGAAUAUUUCAAAGCUCGAGUUUUUAUGCACACUGUAUAGUUAAAUACAAAAUUAAUUCAAUGUAAGUUUGUAUUCUAGUCUAUUCGCAUUUAUUUGCAGAAGAAUAUCAUUUCAUCGUUAUUUUUUACACAAA